AUGUCCCUAAUAACCCGUAAAGACAGUAAGGACAACAACACAGAUUCGCCACGUUUCUCCGUAGCAGCACAACGAGAGACCAACUACCUUGUAGGAAGGUUUCUCGCUAGUAAUCCUGCAUUCCACAAGGCAUAUAUUGCCUAUCGCGAAGUACUUGACAAGCAACCUGACCUACUGCCUACUCGAAGAGAUUACACUGGUCGAGUUCACGGUCAAACGUACGAUGAAGUGACGAUGCGCAAUCCGCACCUUGCAAAUGAUCACUUGCUUACGGUACUCGAUGACGUGCGAAAAGCAUCCUUUGAACGCAGACCUGUCCGCUAUUCGACUCUACUGGCGACCACAAGUCCUGCGUUCGCCAAAUUGUCGUCAGCGGGUUGGACGAAAACAAUAACGAAAAGAAACUUUCUUGUUGCGCGGCAGUUGGGGAUGAAAGUACCAAGUAAUGCUACAGGAUUUAUAUACGAAAAUUUCGAAGAAGUGCUAAGACUAAAUGGACAUCGAGCUCGAGCGUAUUGUGUCAUAUUCGAUAGGAUAGGUAGACGCGUUAUAACGGGCAGUGACGACUGCCUCAUAAAGAUAUGGUGUAUAAGAACUGGCAUUCUCAUCGCAACAUUACGAGGGCAUUUGGGGGAAAUAGUUGAUAUAGCGAUAAAUAAGAAGAGCACUGUAUUGGCGAGUUCGUCAGACGACAAGACAAUAUUCAUUUGGGAUUUAAAAACGUACGCACCCAUAAGACGCAUUGUAUUGAAUGAGGCAUGUACUUCGGUCCGGUUUUCACCAUCACCGGUUGCCUCCCUUCGUGUUCUACUUGCUACUAAUAUCGAUGGAAACACCUAUCUCUUUGGUUUCGACCGAGAAAACAAGAAAUUCCAAGAGUCACCGCUCCCAGUUAAACCAAUAAGUACUGUUGGUGUCAAUAAGAUUAUAUGUGCAUCAUUUAAUAUAACCGGGUCGCAAUUUGCAAUUGGCGGAGAGGAUGGAUUAGUCAGAGUGUUUACUUUUAUGGGCGGAAGAACAUUUGGGGUUGAUACCGGCGAAAAUGAUGAAGAACUGGAAGAAUUAAUUUAUUUGGAGGAUGAAGCUCCGACAGAAAGACGUCGUUCUGGUGCUGAACACGGCAAGCUGCCACCAUCCCCGCCCACUGAUAAUGAUUUGUUUCCGACCUAUUACGAUGCACGUACUCCAGUUCACAUUGCUGACCUCGAUGGUCAUAAGCAAAAAGUGGUUGAUGUACAAUAUGCUAACAUGGACAAUCGUAUUUUGUCAGCAUCCCCAGAUGGUAGUGCUAUGAUCUGGGAAUACGACUUUAGCAGUAAUCGGUGGAUAUCACUACGAUUAAAUGUAACAAAAGGAGAUCCAAAGACACAAGCAACUGCUAUCGCAUGGUCAGCUGACGAUCAGCAUGUCGUGGUUGCAUCAAGUAUAGGCCAUAUCAUGGUUUUCCAUUCACGUACUGGACAAUUACGUCAUACCCUGGAAGGACACAAUGCUAUCGUAUAUGUGGCCGAAAUGCAUCCCGAAGAUCCGUCUAUCAUGUUGUCAGCCGCAUACGAUGGCAAGGUUAUAAUAUGGGAUAUACUCAGAGGGGAAAAGCUUAAAGUUUUUACAAACACAAAUGAACAAUUGGAUGGGCGUUUCUCACCAGACGGUCGCGCUUUUGCCGUUACCGAUUCGACGGGCUUAUGCCAUUUAUAUGAAUUAGGAAUAACAAAAUUACACAAAAAGUAUGACGAUCGAUGUGAGAGAGGACAGCAGUUCAGAUAUGAUUAUCAAGAUCUGUUACUGGAAGAUGGCGUAGUAAUAGACGCUGGGACAAGCCAGCCGCCGCAUGAACUACCGCGUGGGCCAGUAUUGGAUUGGGGUGGAGUGGAAUAUGCACAGCAAAAACCGGAAUCAUUCGGAGUCGAUCUUCCGGGCGUAUCACCUGCACAAGUAUCACGUGAAGAUAGAAUCGGUCGUCAAAUGCUGAAGGCCGAGCUUGCAUUAUUCAAAUCAACCGGCGUUGCACUUAGCAUUAUGAGUAAGCAGGAACUAUACAAAAGACGAAGGAGUCUUCGAGUGCAUCAGGAACAAGAUUCAGGGGAGGAAGUCGAAGAAGUCGAUCCAAUGGCCAUCGAAGAACCGAUAGUGCCUCUACCAAAUUCUGACGAAGAUCCCGAAUAUGAGCCAGGGUUCACUACACCCAAUUCUGAUACUGAAACUGAUGGAAAUGAGGAAAACGUGGAAGUUGAUACAAUAUCAUUACUAGGUUCGGAAGGUUCGUUUAUUGUGUCUGACGACGAUUCUGAGUACGCGCCGCCGACUAGUUCACGUAUACGAUCGAACCGAUCAAAACGCAAAAAGAAAGGCAAAGGGAAGGCAAAAAACAAACUUCGCCGUAAAAUUAACUAUGCGGACGAGGACACUGAUUUAGACAUUCCUUCGCCACAGAAGAGUGAAUCAUCUUUCGAACCAUCAUCACCCAAAGGCUCGUUGGUGAAUAUACGACGAAACUCUGACGACAUGUUUACCACUGAAGUCAUAUUGCUGUUGUUGUAA